GCAAAUAAAAGAAAAAAAAAAUAAAAGCGUAAUUAAACAAAUAUUUUUUGUACAAGAAAAAUUUGCUAUAAUUAAUAAUUAAAUGUGUUUGUAAAGAAAAAACACUAAAAACAAGUAGGCUAAUUAAAAUGUUCGAAACAUACCUACACGCAACAAAUAACAAAACACUACAAGUAAAAUAAAAUUGCAAUAUAUUAAAUUUGUGCAUAACAAUUUUACGAAUAAGAAAUACAAAAAAAAAAACUACGUCACUUUUAGAAAACGGACUAGAAGAAAGAAAAGUAAAGCUCGUACACAAAAAAGGGUCGCAGUGAAAAUAUUGUAUAUUUCGCAAGAAACCACAUAUUGUUAUACUUAAAAAAUUAGUUAAAUAAAGAAAUAAAUGGUUUAAUAACAUUUUAUAAAGACAAGAAAUGAAAAAUUAACAAAGUGCUUUAGGCCAAAAUUCUUAAAAAAACAAAUUGUACAUAGUCAGCGAGAAAAAAAACUACAUUAACUUUUUACAAGGUCUUGCUUGUGUCAGUGUUUUAAGUUAUUUCCUUUUAUGGUUCAUGAGCCGCCCUCUAAUAUAUUAAAGAAAAACUAACAACAAAAUUAGAUUAAUAUAUAUCCGCUGUUGAAAUAAAUUCUAUCAAACUGAGCACUUACGAAAGCAUGGAUUUACAACAUUUGGAAAAUGGCAUAGGAGGUGGUGGGGGAGGUGUCACUGGCGGUGGCGGCGUUGGUGUAAAUGGAAAUGCCAACACACAAGCCUUGAGUGAAAUUGAUUUUCAAAGAUUAGCCCAAACUAUAGCCACUAGUAUACAAAAAAUUAUACAAAAUGUUUCCACUAUGCAACGUAUGGUUAAUCAGUGCAAUACGCCUCAGGACUCACCCGAUUUGAAAAAACAACUCCAUCAAAUUAUGACCUAUACCCAUCAGUUAGUUUCCGAUACCAAUAAUCAAUUGAAAGAAGUAGAUAAAUGUAAAGAACGUCAUUUGAAAAUACAAAGAGAUCGUUUGGUUGAUGAAUUUACUGCUGCUUUAACAUCAUUUCAGGCCGUUCAACGUAAAACUGUCGAUAUUGAAAAAACACAAGUACGGCAAGCCCGGGCAAAUCAUUACAAUAUUGCCAAGCCGCCAGGUAAUUCCACAAAUUCUUCAAAUGGCAGCAACAAUUCCUUUUUCGAAGACAAUCUUUUUGGACGCAAAUCACAGCAACAACAGCAGCAAAUACAAAUGCAAGAUGAUAUUGAUUUACAAGCUUUAGAGGAACAAGAAAGAGCCAUACGUGAAUUGGAGGAAAAUAUUGUGGGUGUUAAUGAGAUCUAUAAAAAACUGGGAGCCAUGGUUUAUGAGCAGGGAUUAACCGUUGAUUCCAUCGAAUCAUCUGUGGAACAAACUAGUGUUUAUGUAUCUCAGGGCACAGAAAAUCUACGCUUAGCUGGUUCUUAUAAGAAUAAAUUACGCAAAAAGAAAUUAAUAUUAUUUGGUAUUUUGGCCGUCGUUUUAGCAGUUAUUAUCUUAAUAAUUGUCUUGCAAUUUAAACAUUAAAACUGGUUGGUGUUAGUUAUUUACAAACAAACAUAUUUUUUCUAUUUUUCCUUAUGAUUUGUUAGAAGAGCAUAAUGAAAUUUAAACAAUUUGGGCCUUUUUUUAAUGGAAAUUUUUAGUUAAAACUAAAAAUUUAUUUGUAUUUACUAAAUGUUAAAAAAUUGAAUGAAAGGUAUUAAACUGCAACACAUAAUUAACGUUAAAAGGAAACAAAUACAAUAUAUAAAACAUAUAACAAACGUCCUUAAAAGUUAAACAACAUAAGAAAAAGAACAAAUUCUUUAUAAAUAUAUAUAUUUCUUUACGUAUUAAUUUACUUAUCCCUUUGUAGGUAUUUUUGUUAAAUAUUUCUUUCUUUAAGAAUUUAAACUAUACAAUUUAAAUUCUAAUUCCAAAAAAUUUAUUCCAAUUUGCAAAAUUUUGUUUUGUUUAAAUAUAAAUGUUUUGUAAAUUUCUUUUUAGAAUCUUAUAUUGGCUUAAAAUUUCUUUAGUAUAUUUUGUUUUAUUUAUAUUAUAAUAUAGUGCCGAGUGUAUGUAUUUAUCCUUAUAAAUAUAUUUAAGUUUAAACUUAAUCUUCUUAUAAUAAAUUGUAUAAAGCAAAAACUUUAAAUUAUUCGAAAAAUGUAUGCUUAAAUCCAAAAGAAGAUGAUCAGACAAAAGAAAAAAUAAAAAAAAAACUAAUAAACAAUGUGAAUUGUAGCAAUGUAUGAUAGAAUCAUAAACAUUUUGUUUUAUCAUCACAAAAAUUUUAUUAAAUAAAAAACAAAAACAAUAA